AUGUUCCUGUGGGAGUCUGAGCCCUUCAACAACAUUGCAUUAAUGGGUUCUACUUGUUUUAGCAUUAGGGCAACAAAACUCAUGCCAAUAGCCUUGUUCAAUGCCCUUCUUGUUCUUGAUCUAUUAGGUCAUCUUCUCAAAGACAUUGUUUUGAUGGUACUCUCUUGCAUUCCUCUUCUAAAUAGAGCAUCAUCCGAUAAACACACCAUUAAUGACUCUGCUGCAGAAUAUCGUCCCUCUCCUUUGCUUGUACCCGUCCCUGUCCACUGCAUGACCGGAGCCAUCAAGGAUCGAGUCCCGGUACUUGACUAUAGUUGUGUUCUCGAAAGGUUAGGAGGAUGUAAAGUUAAUCCACUUUGCGUCGUGUGCUUAAAGCGCAUGAAGGUUGGUGAUGAGGUUAGAGAGCUCUACAAUUGUUGUCAUGUGUUUCAUAGAGAGUGUGUUGACACUUGGAUCGAUGAAGGUCAAGUAACUUGCCCUCUGUGUAGAGCCAAACUGUUGCCAAAUCAAGGAGAGGAUGAAAUGAAGUAUGGAGGAGAUCCAUGGAGAAGAGAGAGGAUGAUUUACCUAAAGGCUAAAUAG